UCCUGAGAGGCUUAACGCAGUGUGUUUCUCUUUGACACACUGACCUACUUUCGCUGAAAGACUCGCGUGCAAAGCUCCACUGAAGAUGAUAUAGGCUACUGUAUAUUAACUCAUGCAGGACGCUGCUGAGCAACAGACACAGCCACAGACUGAGCAUUUGCAUCUGGUCAAACUUCGCUGCAAAGCAGAUCAGAGUGUUUUGGGAUGGUAUUGCCUUUCUAUGUUGACGAAGAAGCUCGGAACAAGAUGAAAAGGGGACGAUCAAAGCGUCAGAGCUUCACCCCGUCUGAGGGCAGAAACAAGAGACACAGGAGUGUCACGCCAGCGUAUGUCCAGACGGGCUCCAUCGCCUCACAGAGACCCACAGAGGAGACGUGGGGCAGCUUGCCACACCACGUGGUCCUGCACAUAUUCCAGCACCUGUCUCUGGUGGACCGGGCUCGAGCAUCUUCUGUGUGUCGCCGGUGGAACGACGUCUUUCACAUCCCAGAUCUCUGGAGGAGAUUUGAGUUUGAGCUGAACCAGCCGGCCACAUCGUACCUGAGGUCCACACACCCAGAUCUCAUCCAGCAGAUCAUCAAACGACACGCUCAGCACCUGCAGUACGUCAGCUUCAAGGUUGACAGCUGCACAGAAUCUGCAGAAGCAGCCUGUAACAUCCUCUCACAGCUGGUGAACUGCACUAUUAAAACACUGGGUCUGAUUUCCACAGCACGGCCGAGCUUCAUGGACGUGUCCCAGUCACACUUUGUCUCAGCUCUGACGGUGGUGUUUGUGAAUUCCAAGUCCCUAUCCUCUAUAAAAAUUGAUGACACACCGGUUGAUGACCCUUCCCUGAAGGUACUGGUCGCCAACAACAGUGAGACGCUCAAGCUGCUGAAGAUGAGUAGCUGUCCUCAUGUAUCUCCUGCAGGCAUCCUAUGUGUGGCCGAUCAGUGUCACGGGCUGCGCGAACUGGCUCUGAACUACCACCUGCUGAGCGACGAGCUUCUGCUGGCGCUCUCCUCCGAGAAGCACGUCCACCUGGAGCACCUGCGCAUCGACGUGGUGAGCGAGAACCCGGGCCAAACGCAGUUCCACACCAUCAAGAAGAGCAGCUGGGACGCCCUCAUCCGCCACUCGCCCCAGGUCAACAUCGUCAUGUACUUCUUCCUCUACGAGGAGGAGUUUGAGCCCUUCUUCUGCGAGGAGACGCCCGUCACGCACCUGUACUUUGGCCGGGCCGUCAGUAAAGACAUGCUGGGUCGCAUCGGGCUGAACUGCCCGCGUCUCGUGGAGCUGGUGGUGUGCGCCAACGGGCUGGAGCCGCUGGAUGAAGAGCUGAUCCGCAUCGCAGAACGCUGCAAGAGCCUGACGGCCAUCGGCCUGGGCGAGUGCGAGGUCACCUGCAGCGGCUUCAUGGAGUUCGUGAAGAUGUGCGGCGACCGCUUGAGCCAGCUGUCCAUCAUGGAGGAGGUGCUCAUCCCUGACAACACGUACAACAUCGAUCAGAUCCACAGUGAGGUCUCCAAACAUUUGGGCCGGAUUUGGUUUCCUGAUAUGAUGCCCACGUGGUAGAAUCGCAGCCGAUGCAUCAAAACAGAUCCACUCUAGACAGUGUUGCCAAGUCUGCGGUUUUCCUGUGGAACUGGGCUACUUUAACUCUUUUGCUGCGGGUUGUUUUUCAUGUCAGCGGGUUUAAGCAACCCUAUUUAACCCGUGUAAUGCGAAUUUUACUGGGGGAACCCUGCCAAAAAAAAAGUGUAUUUUACCCUCCGAAACGCGAUUGGGCUAAUUUUGAGUAGCAAUUGGGUGGGUUUUGUUUAGAAAACCUGGCAACCCUGACUCUAGACUUCCUGUGUAAACCAGCAGUCUGGAAAGCCACUGGAAGGCAAGCCUGCAACCUUUAGCCAAAAAAGCGUAAUGGCUAAUGCUAAUGCUUCCAUUUUGGUGGUACGGGAAAGGAGACCAGAGGCCGUUUUUUUUUAAUGGAUGUCAAUGGAGGAGAGGCUUCACUACGCUGAAUAAACAGCUUUUUAGAGGAAACAGCUUAUCAUUUAAUGGAUCAACAGCCUAUCGGCUAAUCUUCAACAUGUUUUACACUAAACAAUACUUUUGGAUUGAACUAUUUUUAGAGUUUACACCAAAAAAAAAAUGUUGUUUCAUUAGAGAAGUCACUGACUUUUUGCGACAGGUGGGAUUCCGUUUACGGCACUCCUCUGGAAGGUGAAUUUUACCAGGGUAACCCCGCCAAAACAUGAUUUGGCUAGUUUUGGGUAGCAAUUGGGUGGGUUUUGUUUUGAAAACAUGGCAACUCUGACUCUAGACUACCUGUGUAAACAUGCAGUCUGCGUUUGGCAGGCACGGCAGCCAUUAGACAGAACGGGGUAAUUAAAAUUUAGCAUGGGAAACGGAACAUCUGGAUCGUUAGUGUGGAGGAGCUGCUGUAGAAACAUGAUUUGUGAUUGGAUCUCAGAGAAGGGAUUUAAAUGCAAAGUGUUUACAGUUCCACACAAGUGCACACACGUGAAACCACGGUUCUUUAUAGGAAACUCAUUGGCACAGAAUGGCCCUCUGGGACUUGUUAAAGAGCUUGUAUUUUAUGGCUUAACCUUCUUUUGUUGGCUGAACAGAAUAGGGCUGGGCGAUAAACGAUAUAUCGAGAUUGCGAUAGAAUUUACGUCAAUAAUAAUAAGCUCUGGACAUUUUUAUUCAAUAUGGAUUAAUCUAACAUCCUAUCACACAGCAGAAAUAAAUGCGACAGCAGCAGUUAGUGCAAAGACUGUGGAACUUCAAGUCUGCAUGUUCUGCGUUUCUCUGUGUGAAUGAAUGGUGCGUUUUGUCUGAUAAACAAACUCAAAAUCGCUCGCAGUGAUUUCAGCCUCUGUCUCAAUAUUUGAGGAGAUAAACACUUGAACAGAUGAACCUCAAUCCUAACAGCUGCUCUGAGAGCCAAUUCAGCAGCUUUACACCGAUUCAUCUGAGAAAAAUCUACCGUCAAAUACACACUGAAACUGAAACUUAAAAAAAAAAAAACAUUCUGACAACCCGUCAAAAUAUAAGUCUGCCUUAACUUGAAAAAAUUAUGACAGAAAUAUAUUACUAUUGUACACCAAAAUGUAAUUCUCAAAAUAAUAUAAUAAUAAUUUUAAGGAAUAUCAUACAACCAAGGUAUUUUAUAGGUAAUUUAUUCAGUUGUAUUGCGCAGCAUCUUUUGUUGUAAAUUAAUUUUAUUUGAUUUGCAUUUUAAUUGAUUGCAUGAUUAAACUGUCAAUAAUUAAUUUCAUUGGACAUAAUUUUAUGAUAAAUUUACAUUGAAUCAUUAAAAACAGAAUCCAGAAAAAUAAAAUAAUAAAAUAAAUAAAUAAUUUUUUUUAUACAGAAAUAGUAUAAAAAUGGUUAAUUUAUGAAGUAUGUUUCACACUACAUUAAAACCCAGUCAUUCGUCCAAGAAAAUAACUUAGCACAACUUUAUUUGCAAACUAUAUGUAUAUUUUAAAAAUUCACGAGAUUCUUAAUCUCAAUAUCAUUUUUUUUGUUCUUGCAUUGCAAAUGUUUCCAUGACAGUUACGUACAGAACUUUCAGAUCCUAUAAACUGGUCCACUGUGCUGUUGUUUAUUUGUAGAUUUAUAAACAUUUGAAGUAUAAUAUGCAUUUACCCUGUCCUCUUAUUAGCAUGAUCAUACUGUAAGAAUCCUUUAUCAUGGGACUUCACGUGUGCAGGAUUUGGUGUAGCUGUACCGAGUCUUAUAAACACUGCAAUUAAUGCGUCUUUUACUGUAUUUCACAAAACAACUGUCAAACAAGCUGAGCUUUACUCAGCUUUUUCUUAAAACAUACUCUGUUUAGUAGUAUGUAGAAUAUACAAUAUUUACAUUUCAAAGGGAGGUCAACAUUAGGAGUCAAUUCAUUACAAAGUUGUAACAAACU